AUGAGCUCUUGGACGUCAAAGGAGAAUAUUAACGGGGUGUAUAUCCCGUCCGCCCUACUGAUCUUCGGUACCACAAUCAUCAAGAAGGAAUGGAUUGCGUAUGCGACAGCUCUUGCUGUUGUCCUUUCAGCGUGGAAAUUAUUCAGUAACAAGCCGCGAAAAGUUUUAAAUCCCACGGAGUUCCAAAACUUUGUCCUCAAAGACAAGACUAUUGUCUCCCACAAUGUCUGUAUCUACCGCUUCGCUCUCCCAAGACCAACCGACAUCCUCGGCCUUCCCAUCGGCCAGCACAUUUCUCUUGCUGCCACAAUCCCUGGUCAGUCGAAGGAGAUCGUGCGCUCCUACACUCCCAUCUCCUCUGAUGACGAUGCGGGCUACUUCGAUCUUCUCGUCAAGUCAUACCCACAAGGAAACAUCUCCAAACAUUUGACUACCCUCCGCAUUGGCGAUAAAAUGAAGGUUCGUGGACCAAAGGGUGCCAUGGUCUAUACUCCAAAUAUGGUCCGUCAUAUCGGUAUGAUUGCUGGUGGUACCGGUAUCACUCCCAUGCUCCAGGUCAUCAAGGCUAUUAUCAAGGGAAGGCCCCGAAAUGGGGGCAACGAUACUACUCAGAUCGACCUUAUCUUCGCCAACGUGAACCCAGAUGACAUUCUUCUCAAGGAGGAAUUGGAUCAGCUUGCCAAGGAAGACGACGCUUUCCGCAUUUACUACGUCCUUAACAACCCACCAGAGAAAUGGAACGGUGGUGUUGGCUUCGUUACUCCAGAUAUGAUCAAGGCUAAACUCCCUGCUCCGGCCGGUGAUAUCAAGGUUCUCAUUUGCGGACCUCCCCCCAUGGUCAGCGCCAUGAAGAAGGCCACCGAGUCCCUCGGAUACAAGAAGGCCAACCUCGUUAGCAAGCUUGAGGACCAGGUCUUCUGUUUCUAA